GUUUCCUGGGUAAGAAGCGUUGUUUUGGCGGGCAAUUGUGACGUCUGUAGACCCUGGAUACCUCCUCGGGCCGCGGCCAAUAGACAGGAUGGCGAGACAAGCAGAUCUAAGAGGCUAGGUCUCGGGACGCUGGAGAAGCUCGAGGCGGCCAGAAGCUGGAUCGCAGGCACUGGAGGGCUGCCUCCACCGCAAAGACGAGACGGAAGUCCGGCGGCAGCCCGCGCCCGGCUUCCGGGAGGUAUCUGGUGCUCUGGGAGCAGCGGUCUCCAGGCUUCCGGCCCCAGCAAGCCCGGCGGCCUCGCGCAAAGACGUGCCCUCACCGGGUAAGAAGUGGAGCCGAGCGCGACCUUCUGCAGCGCGGGGAGCAAGCACCACUCUCUAUCCCGAGGCCGCCGCGCUCCCGGAGGAACGUUCGUUCAUUACCUUGCUGGACGCAGGGCAUAACUGUUUACCUGACAUCACAACGCCUGCUUGCCUCAGACCUGUGGAGACUCAGGCUGUCUGGAUUCCAGCACGCUGCUGUUUGUGAGCAUAGACACCAAACCGCUCGCCCAUUUACUCCCUACUAUGCUUUGCCGAGGGAAGACGCUAGCUCCUUUCAGGUGUUGACGUUGAGUGGACCUCAUUAGCAUAUGAAGAUGGCUGCAUCCAAAGACCCUGUCCCUUCCUUAGCCGAGUGUCAGUGCAAGAUCUGUAUGGAAAUCCUCCUAGAGCCGGUAACCCUUCCUUGCAGUCACACGCUCUGUAACCCGUGCUUCCAAUCCACUGUUGAAAAGGCCAAUCUAUGCUGUCCCUUCUGUCGCCGCCGGGUCUCUUCGUGGACUCGGUACCACACCCGAAGAAAGUCUCUUGUUAAUACAGACCUUUGGGAGAUUAUUCAAAAACACUAUCCAAAGGAAUGCAAGCUUAGAGUCUCUGGGCAAGAAUCAAAGGAGAUCGUUGAUGACUACCAGCCAGUUCGUCGGCUAAGCAAACCUGGGGAGUUGAGACGAGAAUACGAAGAGGAGAUAAGCAAGGUGGAGGCUGAGCGACAAGCCAGCAAAGAAGAAGAAAACAAAGCCAGUGAAGAAUACAUACAGAAAUUGUUGGCAGAGGAGGAGGAGGAGGAAAAAAGACAGACUGAAAAAAGGAGAAGUGAGAUGGAAGAACAGCUGAAGGGCGAUGAGGAGCUGGCGAGGAGCCUAAGCAUCAGUAUUAACAGUAACCACGAGAGAAAUAUCUUGGCUUCUCCUUUGAGUUCCAGAAAAUCAGAUCCAGUCACAAACAAGUUGCAGAAGAAAAAUACAAAUAAACAAAAAAGCUUUGGAGAUAUUCAAAAGUAUUUGUCACCUAAGUUGCAGUCUGGGUCGGCAUGGCUGUGUAAAGCCAUGCAUGGAGAGGACACAAACUGCGUGUCUAAGGAAAGUGACAGAGGUGACAUGAAGAGCCCUAUGUUGCAAGACACUGAAAUUGAAAAAGAUGUGCUAGCACUUUCUCCACAAAUGUGCCUAGAAACUCAAAAACAGGGCUCAGAGUCUGUGGCAGAGCUGCCUGUGCCAUGGCUCUGUGUAAGGGAUGCUGAACAGUGCCUUGAAGGGAAAGCUGACCCAGCAUCAAGCGAUCCUGAUGGUUUAUGUAUUGUGAAUCAUGGCGGACCUAUUGCCAACGUUGCCUACUCUGAUGAAGCUGCCAUUAAGCCUUCUGGCAAAAUAGAAGAUGAAGAGUGCUCUGGGUCCUACACCCAGUUAACUGGGGGCAGCAGAGUUCCAUCGGAGAGUAGUGUGUGUCACCUACCAGUCAGAGAAGAGAUUUCCAAAAGGGAAGCCCAGGAAUCUAUGUUUGAGGACGUCAUGGAUCCAUGCUUUUCUGCAAAAAGAAGGAAAAUAUUCUUCAAAUCCUCCUCAGAUCAAGAAGAAACAGAAGUGAAUUUUACACAAAAACUGAUAGAUUUGGAACACAUGCUUUUUGAGAGACAUAAGCAAGAAGAACAGGACAGGUUGUUAGCGCUACAACUUCAGAAAGAGGUGGAUCAAGAGCAAACGGUGCUAAACCGGCAGAAAGGAUCCCCAAAUCAGUACCAACUGCGCACAUCCUCACCCCAAGACAAGAUGCUGCUGCAUAGACAGAGAAAGAAUUCCAAAGAUAGGAACCCCGCAAAGCAAACUAACGCAGAGCGUUCAAAAUCCCAGAGGAGUACAAACGGUGAAUGCUGGCAACCCUUUAAGAGCUCAUGGAAGGAGUCAGUUCAUGGAAAAAAGAUGCCACGUUCUAGUAAAGAGGAUUGUAACGUAUCUAAAAGCGCCUGCCCCAUACAGCCUAGUAAUUCUCAGAAAAGUAUUUUUCAGAUGUUUCAGAGAUAACAGCAAAGCAUGAGGAAGGAGAGUCCUGUAAUCUGGUAACGCUGCACUGCAAGCCUAGCUCUUCAUCUUAAAACCCUGAGCUGUGUCCGUCAUUUCUGCUCAGCAAGCAUGCUCAUUCUCAGUGUCGCUACAAAGGAAGAAGCUACAAAUCGGGUUCUGCAAAAAUCAGUAAUGAGGACAGGCCCUUAACAAUUGUUUCCGUUGUCAGUAACUGCCAUGUUCUGAGUGCAGCAUCUUUACAGAUGUAAGACUGCCUUGGUCAGGACAUCUUCAGGUGUCCUUUCUCAUUCUAAAAAUCCAUGU